AGCCCCUCGGCGGUGGGCGGGGCCGGCCGGAGUUGGUUGCUAGGCUCGGGGAGCGGCAGCGUUCGGAUUCUGGCGUCCUCUGCUUCCGCCAUAGCCGGAGUGCGGAGCCCAGCGGCUCUCAGGUGCGCGCUGCUGCAGCGAGGCGGAGAUGGACCUGAGUCAGGCGGCGUCUGGGACCGACGGCGCCCGGGAGCGGAGGGGCUCGAGGGGAGCUGGGAGGAAGCAGAGCCAAGAUGAGCGACCGCAGUCCGGGACGAACGGGCUUCCGAAACACUCCUACUGGCUGGAUCUCUGGCUCUUCAUCCUCUUCGACCUGGUGUUGUUCCUCAUCGUGUACCUCUUGCCCUGGUGAGUGUCUCGAGUGCUCACGGGCUGGGCGACUGCUCAAGGUUUCUCGGGGAGGCGGCCCAGUUGGGUCAAAGAGCCAAAAUGGACUUCCCUGUCACUGCACUGUCAAGAGGGGUGUGGAAGAAACUUGGCUUCUCGUUUUUGCUGUGUCUUGAGGGCCUGCACCCCCAGGAAGGAACGGAAGUUAACUUUUAUAAACUUUUAUCUAUAAUUAGAAUCCACAGUAAGUAAAUAGGAGCGUGUGGCAGAUUACGUGUGACUAUAUCUAAAAGUGAUUUGGGCAUUAGGUACGGGCUUAAAGUAUGUUUAGCAAAAAGUAGGCCAUAAACUUAACAUGUCCCAACGUUGUCAUACAGCCUAUGCAGAUAUGUUUACUAUCGUCGGGUCAUGUUUUCGAUGUUGUAGCAAAUUGGGAGGCAGAGAAAGGGUUGGAUGGGG